GCUCUCGAGACUUGAAUGGGUUCCGGCAAUCGACGCCUCGCUUUUAUUUUGGUGGGACGGGAGCGAGUCUACAUCCGGAAGCGGAAGCCUGCGGCCAAUCAAGGACCUCUCUCAGCUUUUCCUAGCGGCGGACGAGACGCUAAGUUAAGCGAGGCCAGCGGAGCAGACGGCGUGACAGGCUACGGGACCUCCUCCAAGGAAAAACUCGCCCAGGACGUUGUGGAGCGCGGCGCGAGGAUGAGCCAGUUCGCCGUCCUCCACACAGGCCAGAAGAUGCCGCUCAUCGGACUCGGCACGUGGAAGAGCUCGCCGGGGCAGGUGAAAGAGGCGGUGAAGUGCGCCCUGGAGGCGGGCUACCGCCACAUCGACUGCGCCGCCGUCUACGGCAACGAGGCAGAGAUCGGACAGGCGCUCGUCGAGACCUUCGCGCAGCCGCACGGCGUGCGGCGGGAGGACGCGGUGAAGUGCGCCCUGGAGGCGGGCUACCGCCACAUCGACUGCGCCGCCGUCUACGGCAACGAGGCAGAGAUCGGACAGGCGCUCGUCGAGACCUUCGCGCAGCCGCACGGCGUGCGGCGGGAGGACGUGUUCGUCACGUCCAAAUUGUGGAACACGUGCCACCACCCCGAGGACGUGGAGCCCGCCCUCCUGCGCACCCUGCGCGACCUCCGGCUCGACUACCUCGACCUCUACCUCAUCCACUGGCCCUACGCCUUCCGGCGCGGGGAAGAGGCGUUCCCCAGGGCCGGCGGGGACGGCUCGCUGCUCUACGACGUGGUGGACUACCGGGCCACCUGGGGCGCCAUGGAGCAGCUGCUGACCAAAGGCCUGGUGCGCGCCAUCGGCCUCUCCAACUUCAACAAGCGCCAGCUGGACGAGGUCGUGGCCGCCGCCCGCGUCAAGCCCGCCGUCCUGCAGGUGGAGAGCCACCCGUACCUGGCGCAGACGGAGCUGCUGGCGCACUGCCGCUCGCUGGGCGUGGCCGUGACGGCCUACAGCCCCCUGGGCUCCCCCGACCGGGCCUGGAAGCGCCCCGACGAGCCCGCGCUCCUGGACGAGCCCGCCCUGGCCGCCUUGGCCGCCAAAUACCAAAAGUCGCCCGCUCAGAUCCUCCUCAGGUGGCAGACGCAGCGCGGCGUGGUCACCCUUCCCAAGAGCGUCACGCCCUCGCGCAUCCGACAAAACCUGCAAGUGUUUGACUUUACGCUGUCGGCGGAGGAGAUGAGCGAUCUGGCGGCGCUCAACAAAAACUGGCGUUACAUCCUGCCCGUCAUUCAGGUGGAUGGGAAGCCCGUUCCCCGCGACGCCGGGCAUCCUCAUUACCCCUUUAGCGACCCCUACUGACGGCCCGCGUCAAUGCCGGCAUUUGUGCCUUCGUCCAGCCCCGUCCAACCAACCACAAGCAGCGGUGACAGCCUUUUUUGUUUUUUGUUUUGUUUUUCCCCCGAAAUCAAUAAACAGGUGGCCAUCUGA